GUUUUUUGUUUUUAACUCCUUUUUUUACACACCCCCAACUAGAAAUUACACUAAAUAAGAGGUUGAAGAAAUAAAUAAAUAAGAAAGGGGUAUUACAAUCAAUAGAUUGCCUUAGAAAAGAAAUAUGCUAAUAAUAAUACAUCAAUUAAUGAUAAUAAUUAGAGUAUGAAUUAAAAUUCAUCGAUGAAUGAAACAGUAUCAGAAGAAGAGAUAGAAGACAUAUAAUUUGAAUUUCCAUCAAAUGAAAAUGGGGAGAAAAUAUUAAGCGAAGAAGAAUUUUUGGAUAAAGUAGAAAGAGAGAUUAUAAUAGAAGAUUUUAUUGAAAGCGAUGCUGAAAGAAAAGCUGAACGUAAUAAUUUUGAGGAAUAUGAAUAUUAUUAUGAAUACAUUUACGAAGAAACAAAUAAUUUGAAUAAUUCAGAAGAAAACUUAAAAACUUUUGAGGAUUCUUAAGUUGAUUUUAUGGAAUAAUAAUAAUAAAUAUUGAAAACAGAUUAAAAAGAAUAAGAAUUAUUAAUAUCUCAAAAUGAAAGUUUAUUAAAUAUUUCAGACUUUCUUGUUAAAUAGAAUUCAGAAUAUAGUGCUGAAGUUUAAAAAGAUUUGUAUUAAAAUUAGAGUGAGUCUAAAGGAUAAACAAAUUAAACAAAUGCUCAAAGCGAGGAAGAAAGCGAGGAGAUAUUAAUAUUAUAAUAUGAAGAGGAAGAAUAUCAAAAUAUUGAGGAAUAGGAUGAACAAAAAGAUAAUAGUAUUUUAGAAGAGGAAGAAGUUAUAAUAUUUGAAGAGAAUUAAGGUUAUUCCCAAACAAUAUAAGAUGAUCUUAUUAACAACCAUGAUGAAUAAAUUUUUACCUAGCCUAUAUCAUCUCAAUUCAAAAUAAUGAAUGAAUCUAUCAAUUAAGAAUAAUAAUAACAGCAAUAAUAACAAUAAUAGCAAUAAUAAUAAUAAUAACAACAAUAAUAACAAUAAUAAUAGUAAUAAUAAUAAUAAUAAUAACAGUAAUAAUAAUAAUAACAAUAGCAAUAAUAAUACUAAUAAUAAUAAUAAUAAUAAUAAUAAUAAUAAUAAUAACAAUAACAAUAUCAAUAACAAUAGUAAUAAUAAUAAUAAUAACAGCAAUAAUAACAAUAAGAUUAACAAUAACAAUAAUAAUAAUAAUAGCAGCAAUAAUAACAAUAACAAUAACAUUAACAAUAAUAAUAAUAACAAUAACAAUAGUAAUAAUAAUAAUAAUAACAGCAAUAAUAAAAAUAAUAAUAAUAAUAAUAAUAAUAAUCAUAAACAAAUUAUUCAGAUCAAUAAAAAACUUCUUAAUAAAAAUAAAACUAAUUAUUCCAAUUAUAUUUUGAUUUGAUUUGCUUAAAAGAUCAUGAUACUAUUGAAUAGGAAGAUUUGAUUCCAUCAUCUAUAAGCAUAUCAGAAAAAUUUAUCAUGUCAUAAGAAUACAAUCCUAUAUUAUUGGUUCAUACUAUAAUAUUGACUCUUCUGCUUAUUUUCGUUUCUAUAAAUGAUAAUCAAAAUAUAAAAAUAAAAAAAGAACCAAUUCAACAAGCAAGCAUGUCACAAUUAUCUGAAUUGAAUGAAUAUAUGUCCAUGAUGAUUAAUAGAUUAGAAUAAUAAUAUAAUUUAAUAGCAUAAAGUUAAGAACAAUUGGCAUAUUAAUUAGAACUUUUAGAAUAAUGA